AUGGCAUCUCCGGGCUCCGGCUUCUGGUCCUUCGGGACUGAAGAUGGCUCCGGAGACCCCGAGAACCCUGGCACAGCGAGAGCCUGGUGCCAGGUGGCCCAGAAGUUCACGGGCGGCAUCGGAAACAAGCUGUGCGCGCUGCUCUACGGGGACACCGAGAAGCCAGCCGACAGCGGCGGGAACCAGCCCUCGCGGGCCCCCGCCCGGAAGGCCGCCUGUGCCUGCGACCAGAAGCCCUGCAGCUGCCCCAAAGCGGACGUCAACUACGCCUUUCUGUACGCAACAGACCUGCUGCCCGCCUUCGGGGGCGAGAGGCCCACCCUCGCCUUUCUGCAAGAGGUCGUGGACAUUCUGCUUCAGUACGUGGUGAAAAGUUUUGAUCGAUCAACCAAAGUGAUCGAUUUCCAUUAUCCCAAUGAGCUUCUUCAAGAGUAUAAUUGGGAACUGGCAGAGCACCCACAAAAUCUGGAGGAAAUUUUGACGCAUUGCCAAACAACUCUAAAAUAUGCAAUUAAAACAGGGCAUCCCAGAUAUUUCAAUCAACUUUCCACUGGCUUGGAUAUGGUUGGAUUAGCAGCAGACUGGCUGACAUCAACAGCCAACACUAACAUGUUCACCUAUGAAAUCGCUCCUGUAUUUGUGCUUCUGGAAUAUGUCACGCUAAAGAAAAUGAGAGAAAUCAUUGGCUGGCCAGGGGGCUCUGGCGACGGGAUAUUUUCUCCUGGUGGCGCCAUAUCUAACAUGUACGCCAUGCUGAUCGCGCGCUUUAAGAUGUUCCCGGAAGUCAAGGAGAAAGGAAUGGCUGCCGUCCCCAGGCUCAUCGCCUUCACGUCGGAGCAUAGUCAUUUUUCUCUGAAGAAGGGAGCUGCAGCCUUAGGGAUUGGAACAGACAGCGUGAUUCUGAUCAAAUGCGAUGAGAGAGGGAAAAUGAUCCCCUCGGAUCUUGAAAGAAGAAUCCUGGAAGCCAAACAAAAGGGAUUCGUUCCUUUCCUGGUGAGCGCCACGGCGGGCACCACCGUGUACGGAGCGUUCGACCCCCUCCUAGCUGUGGCUGACAUUUGCAAGAAGUACAAGAUCUGGAUGCACGUGGACGCAGCCUGGGGCGGGGGAUUACUGAUGUCCCGGAAACACAAGUGGAAACUGAGUGGCGUGGAAAGGGCCAACUCUGUGACGUGGAAUCCACACAAGAUGAUGGGGGUCCCACUGCAGUGCUCCGCUCUCCUGGUUAGAGAAGAGGGUUUGAUGCAGAGUUGCAACCAGAUGCACGCUUCCUACCUCUUUCAGCAGGACAAACACUACGACCUGUCCUACGACACGGGGGACAAGGCCUUGCAGUGCGGGCGCCACGUGGAUGUUUUCAAACUGUGGCUCAUGUGGAGGGCAAAGGGCACUGCUGGGUUCGAAGCACAUAUUGAUAAGUGUUUGGAGCUGGCAGAGUACUUAUACAACAUCAUAAAAAACCGAGAAGGCUACGAGAUGGUGUUUGAUGGGAAGCCCCAGCACACAAAUGUCUGCUUCUGGUACGUUCCUCCAAGUCUGCGUGUUCUGGAUGACAACGAAGAGAGAAUGAGCCGCCUCUCGAAGGUGGCCCCGGUGAUCAAAGCCAGAAUGAUGGAGUACGGGACCACGAUGGUCAGCUACCAGCCGCUGGGAGACAAGGUCAACUUCUUCCGCAUGGUCAUCUCAAACCCCGCGGCCACUCAUCAAGACAUCGACUUCCUCAUCGAAGAGAUAGAACGCCUCGGGCAAGACUUAUAA